AGGGGGAUGCAAACAGACGGACUGUCUGUGAAAGUCGUGCGAACGCGCCGGUGAAGCUCUAGAAACUAAUGACGGCAGCUAAAUCAGAGCGGUGUAAAAAAGAAACUAGCAAAAAAAAGCAUAUAAAUUAAACAAUUUCUCGUCACGAAUUUCACUUUAAAGAUUACAGCGCGCGUCGGCUCGAAAAUAUAACUCAUUCCUCAUGACAUCACUGAUGAUCCGAGCAAUUAAGCAGUUCAGAUUAUUUAUUUAGGUGUAAUUUAUUAAUUUUACAAUUUUUAUUUUAAAUAGACUUUACAGCUAAGCAAUGACUUCGAGCGGCACAUGCAGUUUGAGACCUUUCUUAUACACAUUUCGUCGCUUUUGCUGCUCCAGCACUAACAUGUUUGUCACCACCAGUAACAGCAGCAGUAAAUUCAGGAGUAAAAUAGAAAACGGUCCCACGCUGCAGGACUUUAUGAAAAAGGCGUGUUUUAUUCAAGAGAAACCUGCAGAAAUACAGUAUGAAAAUACUGAGCACGAGGAAAUACCUACCUAUAUCCCAGAUGACCAAUACAUGAUGGGCCGUGUGAGAAAAGUGUACUUCGAGACCUACGGCUGCCAGAUGAACGUGAACGACACGGAGAUUGCCUGGUCCUUCCUGCAGAAGAAGGGUUACCUGCGCACCGGGGAGCUCGCCGAGGCCGAUGUCGUCCUCCUCGUCACUUGUUCUGUCAGGGAGAAGGCUGAGCAGACCAUUUGGAACAGGCUGAAACAGCUCACAGCUCUCAAAAAGAGGCGACCCAAGACACACGCACCACUCAAGAUAGGAGUGUUGGGCUGUAUGGCAGAGAGACUGAAGGCAGAGCUUCUGGAGCGGGAGAAGUUGGUGGAUGUUCUGGCUGGACCAGAUGCCUACCGUGACCUUCCCCGCCUCCUGUACCUGGCCCACAGUGGCCAGAGAGCCAGCAACGUGCUGCUGUCCCUGGAGGAGACCUAUGCGGAUGUCAUGCCCGUCCACCAGUCGGGCCAGGGUCACAGCGCCUUCGUCUCCAUUAUGCGCGGCUGCAACAACAUGUGCAGCUACUGCAUCGUCCCGUUCACUCGCGGCCGCGAGCGGAGCCGACCUAUUUCCUCCAUUCUGGAGGAAGUGCGCCUCUUGUCCGACCAGGGUGUGAAGGAGGUGACGCUUCUUGGCCAGAAUGUCAACAGCUACAGGGACACUUCAGAGGUGCAGUUCUGUGGGUCAGAGCCCCCCCGGCUCAGUCGUGGCUUUGCUGCGCUAUGUCGGCCUCGGCCUGGAGGCCUGCGCUUUGCUGACCUCCUCGACCGCGUCUCUCUCGUCGACCCUGAAAUGAGGGUUCGGUUCACCUCCCCACAUCCCAAGGACUUUCCAGACGAGGUGCUGCAUCUGAUCCAGGAGAGGGCGAAUAUCUGCAGGCAGCUGCACCUCCCUGCACAGAGCGGCAGCAGCAGGGUGCUGCAGGCUAUGCGACGCGGCUAUACCCGUGAUGCCUACCUGGAGCUAGUAGCAAACAUUCGCAAGAUUAUCCCAGGGGUGAGUCUUAGUAGUGACUUCAUCGUGGGGUUCUGCGGGGAGACAGAAGAGGAUCACGAGCAGACCCUCUCCUUGGUGAAGGAAGUGGGCUACAGCGUGGGCUUCCUUUUUGCCUACAGCAUGAGGAAGAAAACCCACGCCUUUCACCGUCUCCAUGACGACGUCCCUGCUGAGGUGAAACAGCGCCGCCUGGAGGAGCUCAUAACUGUUUUCCGGGAAGAGGCGGCGCGGGUCAACAACCGCCUCAUUGGGAGCAACCAGCUGGUCCUGGUGGAGGGAGAGAGUAAGAGGUCCUCCCAGGAGCUGUGUGGAAGGAACGAGGGGAACAUGAAGGUGAUCUUCCCACAGCAGGAUGUGGCUCUGCAGGCUAGUGUGACACACACUGCUCCCAUCAAGCCCGGGGACUACGUGCUGGUCAAGAUCACGUCUGCCAGUUCUCAAAGCCUGAGAGGCCACGUGCUGAGCCACACAACCCUGAGCUCCACAGGGAGGGAACAGCCGCAGGAGCACUGGGAUAGACAGAUGGCCGGGUGCUGACCACCACCUUCCAUCCCUAUCGCUUCUCUCUCACUUUGUCCUCUAUGCUAAAUUUACUGCUGAUACACACAAACAAGUAGUUUUGUCUGGUGAACACACAACUGGGUCUGUUGUUUUCAUUUAUUUUUUUUAUUACUCUAGUAGAGAUCAUGUGGUGGAACUAAAUAUUCUGAUACUGAAGCUGCCAUAAAUUCUACAAGACGUGAAAGGACAGUAUUCCUCAUUUCAAAGCUUAGAACAUAUAGAAGAAGAUGGCUGGAUCAGUGGUGUUCAUUUUAUUUAAAAAGAGCCCAGAGCACUCACUUCCACUUAUUAAUAAAUGUAUUAAAAGAGAAUUAAUUCUUUCAAUCAUUUUCAAAGAUCAAUUGUAGAAAAAAAAAAUCUAUAAAAUGCAAGAUAUACAUAUCUUUGGCGAUGUAUCAUUUGAUUUGAAAAAACAUUUAUAGAAAAGCUACAUAUUUCUUUGAGAUUUGAAGAAAAAACCACCAUAAUA